GCCUUGUUAUCUUGUUUUGUUUGGAGAGUUAACACCAGUCUUUUAAAAUCUGUUAAUUGUUGAACUUAUAUAAAAAUGAAUGCGCCUCCAACCUUCGAAUCAUUUCUACUCUACGAAGGGGAACAAAAGAUAAUUGUAGAAACUGAUACUAAAGUUCCAAAUGCAGCAAUUUUCACCAUUAAUAAAGAAGACCAUACAUUGGGCAAUAUGAUUAGGAAUCAGCUUCUGAAAGAUCCACAAGUAUUGUUUGCUGGUUAUAAGCUCCCUCAUCCCUUGGAGCACAAGUUUUUAAUCAGAAUUCAGACAAUCAACACUACAACACCCCAGAAAGUCCUUGAAGAUGCAAUUAAAGAUUUGAUAUCUGAAUUAUCGCUUUUUGAGGAAAGAUUUAAAGAGGCAAUAAAAGAAAAGAAGGAAAGACUAGAUUGAACUUUUAUCUUGUCCAGCAAUUUAUUAUUAAGUAUGAUCUUGUAAAUAAUAAAAAUUGUUAACAUUUUACAACAAAUAUAUAAGUAUUGUAUAAC